CUGACAUCGUUUGGUCUGUGUGGAGUUAUUUUUUAAGUUUGAUAUUUGAAAUAAUUAUAUACUUUUCGGCAACAUUGGUAGGAAAUACGAGAAGCACUCGAAGGCAGCAGCAGAGCUUAUUUUACAUUUCAAAAUGACGGACCCAACAACGUCGCCCGAGGAUCACUGGAAAACAGACGGAGCUUUCAGUGACAGUGGCUUUGACCCUAGUUUCUUUGCUGAAACGGGCAGAAAGGGUUCUAUUGUGUCCAGAGCCAACAGCAUCGGCUCGACAAGCGCCUCUUCAGUACCCAAUACAGAUGAUGAAGACAGUGAUAACAAACACGAGACGUCGUAUAAGGACUCGUAUAAAGAUCGGCGGAGACAAGCGCACACACAGGCUGAGCAGAAACGCAGGGAUGCUAUCAAGAAAGGCUACGAUGACCUCCAGUCCAUAGUACCAACCUGCCUGCAGCAGUCUGACUUUGCAGUGGGAGCGCAAAAGAUCAGCAAGGCCACCGUGCUACAGAAAACAAUCGACUACAUCCAUUUCCUUCAUAAAGAAAAGAAGAAGCAAGAGGAGGAAGUAACUGUGCUAAGGAAAGAAGUGAUGGCGCUGAAAAUCAUGAAAACCAACUAUGAGCACAUCGUGAAGGCCCACCAGAACCACCCUGCGCAAGGAGAGGAUCAGGUGUCGGACCAGGUCAAGUUCAACAUCUUUCAGAGCAUCAUGGACUCCCUGUUCCUGUCGUUCAGCAACUCUGUUUCAGUGAGCAGCUUCAAAGAGCUCUCCGCCUGCGUCUUCAGCUGGAUCGAGGAGCACUGCGAGCCACAGACACUGAGGGAGUUUGUCGUGGGAGUGCUCCGGCAGCUCAAUGGACAGCUUUAUUGACUCAACUCUCAGGCAAACUGACUUUGGGCUUCCUCUGGCCUCUCGGCAUGGGGUCAACACUUCAAUCAGCCUCAGGCCACACCAGUAUUUACACUCACUUCGGCUCACCAGUGACUCCCUGGCUGCAAUUGGAUUACCUCAACCUCACACUAUGGGCCGAGACGAGACGUCGGGUUGGAUUGAGCAGUCACGUGUUUUAAGAGAAAUCCCCCCCUCAUUGUAUUGUACAUACAUACCGUUGUGUAUAUUUCAGCCUCUGCUGAUUGUUCUGCUUUGAAAUGCAAGGGGGAACACAAACUUCAUUUGUUUUCAAAUGAAUGUAUACAGUGGAGGGAAUAAGUAUUUGAUCCCUUGCAGAUUUUGUAAGUUCACCCACUUACAAAGAAAUGACUAGUCUAUCAUUUUAAUGGUAGGUUUAUUUGACUAAUGAGAGACAGAAUAUACAAAGAAAAAUCCAGAAAUUGACAUUAUAUAAAAGAUAAUUGAUUUGCAUUUAACUGGGAAAUAAGUAUUUGAUCCCCUUGCAACAAACAAUAAUUCAGGAGGGUCUUCAGAGAGGAGUGGACAACAAUCCUUCCUGUGAUGUGCACAAACCUGGAGACCAACUACAAGAAGUGUCUGACCUGUCUGUCCAACAAGGGUUUCUCUUUGAUAUAAUGUCAAUAUCUGUAUUUUCUUUGAUAUUCUUACUCUCACUGUUUAUAUUAACCUACCAUUACAAUUAUAGACUGAUCAUUUCUUUGUAAGUGGUUAAACUCACAAAAUCUGCAAGGGAUCAAAUACUUCCUUCCUCCACUGUACAUACAGACAGCUUCAUAUUUCAGCCUCUGCUACGACAUGCAAGGGGAACACAAACUCAGAAGUUAAAAAACUGUUUUCAAAUGAAUGUAUAUGUGUAAUGCAUCACUUACACAAGAAGGUGUAGACUGUAGAGUGCAUCUAGUUUGAAUUGGCCGCAGUUGCACUUAAAUAAAUCAAAACCAAGACUCCUCUCCCAGAUUGAUAAUAGUAAUUAAACCUAGCUAAUAGAAAUAGAGAAGGCUAAAGGAAAAAACACCUCGUUAGCCAAGUCCUGGUGCUAAUGGCUGCUCUCAGCUUCAGUGCACACACGUGAGUCAGCCAUACCUCUCUGGAGCACAACAUGCUAAUGCUAUACUACUGGAGGGUUUCUCCUAACUGCAAACGGGAAUACACUAUUACCUUUGAAAAACUUUUACUUUUACGUGCAGUGUUUAUUAAUGUAUCUGUCACAAGUUGACAUGUAUGCUUAAAUCUCAUGGAUGACAGUUGUGCAAUGUAGGCAGCAUAAACCAUUUUAGAAAAUUAUUUAUAAAAUGUGAACUUCAAAGCACAUUGGGAGGAGAUUCUGUUUAAAAUAGUUAUUCAAUGUUUAUGAACGUUUUUCAGGAGAUGUUCAAUAAAAAGUGCCGAUUCUCUUCUUC